AUGUCAUCUACCACCUCGUCUUCCCCCAAUACUGGCUUCAAGAUGGAUCCUCUGGCUGCUCAUCCCGCUCCACGUGAAUACAGCAUCUAUAUGGCACUCUGUGGGCCUUCAGAUACUAGAGGUGACUAUGACUUGUACAUCAUGCACACAGACAAGCAGACUCGGACUCGGAAGACCAUGCAGACACAUUAUUUUAAAACCCGUCCAGUUCGAGAUGACUCUCCCGAGGUACUGAAGGACUUCAUCGACCCAUUCAGGUGGAUACAUCGACCAGAUUUACUGUGUUUGGUGAAGCUAGGAGAUACAGACAUGGAGUGGGGAAUCCUGGGACAACUUCUUAAAGCCCAGUUCUUAAACCGAGACAAGCUGGUUCAGGACAAACGGAGCUGGGUGUACGACUCAAUUUACAUGCUGUGGUCGGAGGAGUUCCAAAUCGCCAAGCCUCUCAACGAGCCCUCUGACCUAUAUACUUUUGCUAAGGCGAAGGCGCACGAUUUCGCCGCCUUGUCAACCGAGGAGCGUCUCAAAAGGCCCGUUCCGACGUACCUUACAUCUAAGGAGGAGAUAGAAGGUUGGGAUUUUGUUCCAAGUGUCGUGGAGGACCAAUACACGAAUCCACAGACGAGCGCGAAAGCCUGA